UUCCAUCAAGUUGGGUGUGGAUCACAUCGACGGUUCAGAUUCUCCCAUCAUCAUCGCAAGGCAUUUUCGCGGCAUUAGUAGAACACUAGGAACCCUUACUUCCGGCAACGAGCGGCGCCGCCAUGAGCCACCGCAAGCCACCCAUUGCACUACUCCCUACGGAAUCGUUUCAACUCGAAUCCGGCCUCUCCCUCACGCCGCGGAUCAAAUUCAACCUAACAAUUUACCGAGCCGACAAAUCUGUAUCUCCAGUCGAUGAGUGGAAGCUUAAGAAUUCGCUGAUCGAGUAUCUCAGGUCAUGGCACUCGAUCUCGGUUCCUGAAGAAGAUAUCAAGAUUUUUAAGUACAGAGACCUGAAGAAGCGGAAGCGGGAAGAUCCUGUGGCGCGUGGAAGCUUGGUCGUGCUGGAUUUUACUUUCCUGUUGAAGAAAUUGGGGAUGAGCGGGGAGGAGGAUGUGGAGAAGGAGUUUUUUAAGUGGAGGAAGGAGAUUGUGGCGGCCAUGGAUGGAAUGGAACUGAAUUUGGAGGGCGUGAAGUUUAAGUUAGUCGGUGAGGUUUACGCAGGCGAUGAUUUUGCAAGGAUGAGGAAAGAGUGGGAGGAUAUUGCAGCCUUCAGACCUAGAGGAUAUCAAAGGGUUGAUAAACAGGAGCCAGAUACAAUCAUACUGAGGGGUGUUCCAUCGAGGUGGUUUGCUGAGCCUCGUGUUUCUUCAAAACCUUCAAUGCUCGUUACUCAUACAAUAUUUUCAGUAUUUGGAAAGAUAAGGUGUCUUGAUGUUGGGGAGGACAAUGAUGCGGGUGAGGGAGAGGAUGAAGAUAAUGAGAAUCUAGUUUCAGGUCUUCACUGUAAGAUUGUGGCUCAAUUUGAAGAUCACAAAGACUUCUGUAAUGCCUUGAAGGUUUUAUGUGGCCGCUCUUUAAAUAAGCAAGGAUCCCGGAUGAGGGCUGAUUAUGAAGUGACUUGGGAUAAGGAUGGAUCGUUUCGAAGUGGUAGGGGCCAAGCAGAACACAUUAGAAGAUGGACUCCGGCAACUGGGCCGGAAAAUUACAGAAGUGGAGCAUCUGUUCGCCCUUCACAAACACCACAAUAUAGCCCUGACGACUCCCGCAGAAAGCGAUUCAGGGAUUGAAGAAAAGAUCAUACAAGUCACUGAAGAUUCAAGAAAAGUGAAAUUUGGAAACUUCAUGGUGCCGAAAUCUUGUCUCGACUCAAAGAACAGGUAGACGUUCGUUCAUAAAAUUUUCCAUUUCCCCGGGUCUGACUGGGCAAUCUUCUUGUCAUUUUGCUGAUAAUCUGCCAAAAAUUGUGCUGUUUUUUGUUGAAUCCUUUGGAUAAGCUGCUGCUUUAUGAUGGUUCAUGUUUUCUUGUUCUUGAUUGUGCAACUAUGUUCUUAUUGUAUUAGGUUGUUGUGUAAGGGUAGUUUUGGAAAGUCAAAAAAGAAUGUAAACGGGGCAUUCCGAGAAUCGAACUCGGGACCUCUCGCACCCGAAGCGAGAAUCAUACC